AUGGCUACCAUCUCCAAGCGUCGCGGUUUUAUCGGUCUUGUGGGCGACCACAUCGACGCUCUCGCGGCAACUGCUUCAAAAACCUCCCGUCUCGAUGCACACAUUUUAGACGCACACUCACCUUUUCAUAUCACACUUUUUACCAAAGACGAGCUUCGCAGUCGAAACAUACCCGAAAUCUCUCUCCUAGUCAACAGGUCUGUCGAUGCCUCUCGAAUCUUUCUCGCUGGAGUCGGUGCAAGUCCACGAAAAGGAGUGUAUUUUGGGGUUGUGAUAUGGGCGGAAGGACAACAACUUAGAAAACGUUUGGGAUUUGGUCCGAAGCAUUUCCAUAUCACAUUGACAACCCACAACGACCACGAAAUAGAUAAAGGGAUUGAUUCGCUGAUAUCUGGUCAGUUUCCGGAGGAACCGUCGAUGGAGUUUUUGGAUCAUCUCGCGUUCACGCUGCAUCUAUUUGCUCAGUACGAGAAGUCGAAGCUAUACGCCGUUAGGCUCGUACGCAAUGCUCCAGGUUCAGAUCGAGGUUUUCUUCGACUUGCCGACGCCGCAUAUUCGAAUGGACAGUACAAACUGGCUCUUUUGUCGUACGCAUGUGCUUAUGAUCGUUCCGAAGGCUCACAAGUUUAUUCGUAUUGCAUCAAACGACUCAUCGCGUGUUCCAAACACACGGAGUGGGGAUGUAUCUUCCAAGAAGCCGAGAUGAAUCAACUUGAGGCUGACAUCGUACCCCUAUUGACCGUACCUUGGGCUGAAAAUCUUCGUUCUCACCUAUCCUCCAAUACACCAGCACCAACACUUUCACUGGAGUCCCGAGAUCGCUUCUACUUCCCACGGAGUUCACCAAAGUUGACAUUCCACAAACUUCCUCGAUUCUUCCGCUGGAUGAUUCCAUAUCAUUUGGCUGUCAUGUCGACUCCGCGCAACGAAGAAGAUAUCACUCUCCUCGCUGCUAUCGGAAUUCGACACGUUUUGACCUUGACAGAGGAAACACCUCUACCCCAGACAUGGUUCGCCAACAACCCAACAAUCACGAAUACGUUCCUCCCCGUGCGAAACUACCAUCCUCCCUCUAUAGAGCAAAUGGAUAUCGUCAUGCGCCUCAUGCAAGAGGAAUCGAACCUUCCCCUCCUCGUUCACUGCGGUGGUGGUAAAGGCCGUGCCGGAACCGUUAUCGCUUGCUACAUCGCAGCCUUUGGUUUCAAUAAGCCCAAACCCGGUCACGUUCAGGCCCAUCCAGAAAUUUCUGCAGGCGAAGCGAUUGAAACGAUUAGAAAACUUCGACCUGGGAGUAUAGAAACCUCUCAGCAGGAAGACUUUGUGGCGAAAUGGUGCAAGACUAUAUGGAAACGACAGUCAGUCUAUCCACCAGAGGUGGAUUUAGAGCCGCCUCCGUGCCCUGUAGAGAUUGAGGGACAGUUGGAUACGAAGAAUGCUGAUAUGUUCAUGUUGGUUGGGCUGCCGGGGGCAGGCAAAUCGUGGCUAUCUCGGUCUCUACUUGUUAGGGAUCCCCAAAGUUGGAUACGGAUUUCUCAAGACGAUAGCGGUAGUAGGGCCUCUUGUGAAACCCAGAUCGGUUACACGCCCAAGUCCGGCCAAAGGGUCAUCGUGGACAGAUGUAACACAUCCUUGGCAGAUCGCAAACAAUGGCUGUCGCUCGCGUCGAAUUGGUGCAAACACCCCGUUUGUGUUCUGUUCGAUUAUGAUAGAAGAAUCUGUGAGGCGAGAGCGCAGAGAAGGGUUGGGCAUCCUACGUUGACACCUGGUUCUCGUGUUAGGAAUGCGGUGGAGCAGAUGCACAAGACGUUUGUGAGGCCAAUGUUGGGCGAGGGAUUCAAGGCUGUUGUGGUCGUGAAAUCGUUCGAAGCCGCAAAAGAGCUUGUUGGGAGGCUAGUACCGCCGGUGAAUAUAUACAAGUUCCCAAGGACAGAGCAUAUCAUAAAUCUCGGUGCCGCAACAGAGGACGACUUGAUUUCUGCUACGAAUUCGAUGGCUAUCCUACCCAAAGCAGACGAGAAGACACGCAUCGUGAUUACAGAGAAGGUCGAUGGGGCGAAUAUGGGUUUCUCAUUAUCCUCUUCUUCUCAGAUCGUAGUCCAGAACCGCUCUCACUACGUCAACUCAUCCACACACGAACAGUUCAAAAAGCUUGGGUUCUGGGUUGACAAACACCGAGAGGCACUGUUCCGCAUUCUUAAUCGAGACGAAGACUAUCCUGAACGAUACGUUCUUUUCGGGGAAUGGCUUUAUGCGACACAUUCGAUCCCGUACACCGAUCUUCCGGAUUUAUUUAUGGCGUUCGAUAUGUACGAUAGGUCUACCGAUACCUUUGUUGAUCGUCCGACAUUGCUGGGAUUAUUGGAUGGAACGGGUAUUCGGGUGGUUCCUGUGAUGUACGAUGGGAAUGCAACACCAUCUAUGGAAGAGUUGAAGAGGAUGGUACAAAGACGAUCCAAUUUCUGGGAUGGGCGUGUGGAAGGCGUGUAUGUGAAAUUCGAGAGAGGCGGAAAGGUGGUCGGGAGGGGCAAAGUGGUCAGAGGGGAUUUUAUCGCUGGAAAUGAGCAUUGGGCGAGGGGACCGUUGAGGAGGAAUGGGUUGGAUAAACACGACGAGUUCAGGUAG